AAUGUCGUUGCAGAUGUAAAUCCACCAAAAAUGAACCUGACGCACACUCAUAUAAGAACCGCCCACAUCUCUAUCUUGAUCUCCAUAACCAACGAAGAGAGAGAGAGAGAGGGGGGGGGGGGAGAUGGAAGCCAAGAACCUCCAUUUUCUGGCGAUUUUGCUUCUCUUGGUCACCAACAUGAGUGCAAUCACAUGUGCUUCAUCUGCUUCUUCUUCCUCGAGCGAUGACACGAACUCCAACUUCAUUAAGACCUCAUGCAGCACCACCACGUACCCUAAGCUCUGCAACCAGUGCCUCUCCUCCUAUGCCUCCGUCGUCCGCUCCAACCCCUGGAAGCUCUGCAACUCCGCCCUCUCCGUCUCCCUCCAGGCCGCACGCAACGCCUCCUCCCUCGUCGCCGCCCUCUCCAAGCAACGCAACCUCACCAAGGCUGAGGCCGGCAUCGUCAAGGACUGCAUCGAGAACCUCGGCAACACCAUCGACGAUCUCAAGCAGUCAAUCAAGGUGAUGGCCCAGAUCGGAGGGUCAUCAUCGACGGCGAAGAACAACAUGGAGUUCCAGAUGGCUAACGUGAAGACAUGGAUGAGCGCUGCGAUCACGGACGAGGACACGUGCACGGACGGGUUCGCAGGGAGGAAGGUGAGCGCCGGUGUGAAGAGCAAGAUUCGGAGCAGCAUCGUGAACCUCGCCAGGAUCACUAGCAAUGCGCUGUCCCUCAUCGACCACCUCAAAUAUUAAUAUUAAUUGAAGAUCUCCAUAGCAUAAAGUUGUUGUUGCAACCUCUCUUGCUGUAAUUAUUUUCUAUCCCAUUGGUCCGUGUUAACUAAAGACUGCUCCCUCCCAUUUCGCAGGAAAUUGUUAAUAAUCAUGCGAGCGGCAAUCGGCAUUUUUCUGAUAAAUGAUGCCCAAUGAAUUGAUUUCUCUUGGGUA